AUGGCAAUUGAAGAGAGAGAUGGAGGGUACGAGAGAGAUGGAGGGAACGAGAAUGGAGGGUACGAGAGAGAUGGAGGGAACGAGAAUGGAGGGUACGAGAGAGAUGGAGGGAACGAGAAUGGAGGGUACGAGAGAGAUGGAGGGAACGAGAAUGGAGGGUACGAGAGAGAUGGAGGGAACGAGAAUGGAGGGUACGAGAGAGAUGGAGGGAACGAGAAUGGAGGGUACGAGAGAGAUGGAGGGAACGAGAAUGGAGGGUACGAGAGAGAUGGAGGGAACGAGAAUGGAGGGUACGAGAGAGAUGGAGGGAACGAGAAUGGAGGGUACGAGAGAGAUGGAGGGAACGAGAAUGGAGGGUACGAGAGAGAUGGAGGGAACGAGAAUGGAGGGUACGAGAGAGAUGGAGGGAACGAGAAUGGAGGGUACGAGAGAGAUGGAGGGUACGAGAGAGAUGGAGGGUACGAGAGAGAUGGAGGGAACGAGAGAGAUGGAGGGAACGAGAAUGGAGGGUACGAGAGAGAUGGAGGGUACGAGAGAGAUGGAGGGAACGAGAAUGGAGGGUACGAGAGAGAUGGAGGGUACGAGAGAGAUGGAGGGAACGAGAAUGGAGGGUACGAGAGAGAUGGAGGGUACGAGAGAGAUGGAGGGAACGAGAAUGGAGCGUACGAGAGAGAUGGAGGGUACGAGAGAGAUGGAGGGUACGAGAGAGAUGGAGGGAACGAGAAUGGAGGGUACGAGAGAGAUGGAGGGUACGAGAGAGAUGGAGCGUACGAGAGAGAUGGAGGGUACGAGAGAGAUGGAGGUACGAGAGAGAUUAUGGGACAGGGCAAAGGGAGAUAG